GACCAUUAUUCAGUUUCUUUCUCCGCUUGGGUUUAUUGGUCCGUUUCGUUAGAGCGAGCGGCUCAAACGAUCCGGAAAGAAUUUCAUUCGUGAACUUACUUUCGCGUCCGAAGGAAGUGUUGUUUUGGGGUGUCCGUGCGAUAGUGUCCGAGGUGAUAAGCGUGUCAAAUUUGAGUAGCAGCAACGACAAAGGUGGAAUAUGAUUCCAACGGGGAAACUGAGCCGGGUGACGUUUGCGGUCGUGACUCCGCUGCUGCUGCUGCUGUUCGCAGGAAUUCUAACGGUUGUGGAUGGAUCACCACAAUUCGAAAACAAUUCUGGCUGCAGACGUCAUUCGCCUUCCCUCAACAAAUGCAUCGAGCGUUGGGUUCAGGAGUUCAUUACAUCCAACGGGAAAAUCUCCGGCCGGAAUGACAUGUCCAUUGAUCCGUUGGCCUUCCCGAAUGCUACUCUUGUACGCAACCGACACAUUCAAACCUAUUUCCUCAACAGGGAGCUUCGAGGCUUCCGGAAUGCGUUCGUGACGGAUGUCAAGGCAGAUCUAACCAAGCUUGAGUUUAUGCUACAAUUUCACAUACCCGCACUGGACGUUCAUGGCUCGUACCGAGCGGAACUAGCGGCCGAGAAGCAGAUCGCAGAAUGGGCCAAAAUGUUUUCCUCUUUGCGUAACUCCACGCUACGAAUUUAUCUCAAAGGAAUGACCUCCCAGACGGAGAAAGGGAUGUACGUCCGAGUGAACAUUACCGAUUUCGAUUUGACCAUCGGUGAUCAUACCGUCGGCUUCGGCUGGUUCACAAUGAGCGGUAACUACUCCGAGUACAGCCAGAGCUUCGAUCUCGAGCGGGGCCGGAACAUUCUGACGAUCGUGGAGGAUGAAUUUACGCAGAGCUUCCGGGAGAAGUUCCAGCUGUUGCUGAACGAUAUCCUGCGGCUGGCUCCGUUGGAGCGAUUCUUCCCCAGCCAUUAGCCGUUGCGUUGCGUUAUCAAAUGCACGCCACACUAACUGUAGGGCAAUGUAAAUAGAGCUUUAUUUGUAUCAAUAAAUAAUAUUUAUUUUUGUA